AUAAAUCCGAUAAGUUUGUAGGAGCAAAGUAGAAAUACCAGAAGUUAGCGGGUCACAACUACAGUCAAGAAGAAAAUUGCAGGUUUGGUUUCCGCAAGACAGAGGCCCUAGGGUUUAAGCCAAGGUUUUUGCUCCUGUCGUCAUCAACCUCUGUUGCAGUCGCACCUUGCUCCGAAAACGGCAGCGUUUGGCUGUUGAACUGCCAUGGCAACCAUUCAAGUAAGCUUUUAAAUUCCUCUUUCUCUCUAUUACUAGGGUUUAUUCAAUCACUGUUAAUGCUCUUCUGUCGUUAGUUGAUGAACAAUCAAACCCAGAAAAUGACCUAAACUCUUCUACUCCCAAUUCCAAAAUGCAUCGACGCCUUGCCAUUUUUACCCACCAAGUUCUUACAAAUUCCAAUUCUAUCCUCCCCACCACCACCAAGCACAACAGCACCUUCUUCCUCUGCUCCCAUUUCAACCCCUCAUGUCACAGGGGCAAUGGGUUCGCCUCAAUUCGCUUACUUUCGUACUCUCCUGUGAACCGCCGCGUACCUGAUCCCGAAGACCCCUCCAAUUUGAUAAAAGAAGAUGGCGUUUCUGUUUUAUCCCAAAUGUGGAUUGAGAAUUUUCGUGAACCUGAUAGGAUUGUGACUAAUUUGUCCUCUUACCUUCGCCGAUUCGAGUUGUGGGUAUUGGCGUACCAGAAGGUUUGCGCCGAUGAGAUGGGUGCGUAUAUGCCCCGCAGUGAAAUACAGAGGUCAGCGCUUGAGGACUUGUUAGCUCUUCGUAAUGCUGUUCUUGACAGUAGGUUUAGGUGGGGUGCUAGACUAGAGUUCUUUAUUAAAUCACCCAAGGAUAAGACUGAAUACGAGUCUUUGUCUAAGAGGAAAAUUAAGGCCAUUCUGACAACUACACAACCGGCCCCAUUUCAAGAUAAGUUAGUGCAGGAAGUUCUGUUAAUGAUUUUGGAGCCAAUAUAUGAGGGUCGGUUCUCUCAAAAGUCAUUUGCGUUUAGGCCAGGGAGGAAUGCACAUACAGUGUUGAGGGUGAUUAGGAGGAGUUUUGCAGGGUACUUGUGGUAUAUAAAGGGCGAUUUGAGUACUAUCUUGGAUGGGAUGAAGGUGGGUUUGGUGAUAAAUGCUUUGAUCAGGGAUGUGAGGGAUAAGAAGAUCAUUGAUUUGGUGAAGGCAGCGUUGGUUACACCAGUGGUUACGAGUAAGGAUGAUGGAGUGGAGAAGAAGAAAAAGAAGAGAAAAUAUCAGAAGAAGAGGGUGUUGGCGGAGGAUGAGCCGAAACCAGACCCAUAUUGGCUGGAGACUUUUUUUGGGUUUGCACCUGAGGAGGCAGAGAAGCUUCCUUCUUGGGGCCAUUGUGGGAUACUUAGCCCCCUUUUGGCUAAUGUUUGUUUGGAUGAACUGGACCGCUGGAUGGAGGGGAAGAUUAAGGACUUUUAUCAUCCGUCAAAGAGUGAUGUCAUAUGGAAUAGCCCGGAAGGUGAAGCAGAACAUGGAAAUACAUCUUGGCCUGAAUUUGUGCCAACAAGUGGCCCAGAUAAGACCAGAAAGAUGGAUUACAUUCGAUAUGGUGGUCAUAUUUUAAUUGGUGUUCGAGGACCUCGAUCAGAUGCUGCCACAUUGAGAAAACAGUUGAUUGAGUUUGUUGAUCAGAAGUAUAUGCUCAAGCUUGACAAUGAGAGCCUCCCUAUAGAACACAUAACAAAGGGCAUAAUGUUUCUAGAUCAUGUGUUGUGUCGCAGAGUUGUGUACCCAACGCUUCGUUACACUGCUACNGAGGUGCUUGAUUCUUUCUCCAUGAAGCAUUUUGCUCGAUUAGCCUGUCUGUCCGCUCUCUGGUAUUGUUCCCUAAGGGGCUAUCAAGUUCUCAAAGAAAGAUAG